UUCAAAUGAUGUUAUAAAAAAUAAUUUUUAAUAUAGUUAAAUAACAAUAAAAUGACUCUUAGAAUUACUAACACACUAGGUUUACGUUUACUUCAGGAUGUAUGUCAUAGUUUUAUGGCCCCAGCAGCAAUUAGUGCUAAUACACAAAUAGUUAGACAUAGAAGAACGAAACAUUGGAAUCCUAAAUGGAAACUCUUCCGUCGUUUAAAAGUUAUGCCAGUGGAAUUGCCUAAAUUCCAAGAAAGAGUAGAAGAUUUACCAGAUGAAGAAGUAGUUAAAAGAUUAAAAGAGCAAGGCAUCCUGCCUCCCCGUCCUUGGAUUGAAAGGCAGUAUUUUAUUCACUCAACUGGUGCCGUUUUUGAGCCAUAUGUACCACCUGAAGGUGAUGGGAAAGUUUCACCAGUAUCUAAACAGGGAGCUAUGCAGAGUGUGCAAUUUUUGCAAAAGAAAACAACUACAAUGAUGGCAAUAAGGAAAGUUCGUCAGUUUGAGGAAGAAUUCGACACACCACAGUUUUGUAAAGAAGCUGAAAAGAUUUAUAUCAAAAUGCAUGAGAUUUUAGCUUCUGAAUAUAAAGAAAAUCUUAUAGACUAUGUCACAGAGAGAGCAUACCCUGAAGUGAUCCACAAUAUUAAAAACAAGACUCUUCGAUGGAGAUACAUUAAAGAAUUAGAACUGCCAAGAGUUGUACAGGCGAGAUGUACUGAUGUUGUAUCAAAAGAGAACAUUUUUGCUCAAAUCACAGUGAGGUUCCAUACUCAACAGGCAUUGGCCAUAUAUGAUAGAUUUGGAAGGCUUAUGCAUGGUAGUGAAAUUAUUGCCAAAGAUGUUCUUGAAUAUGUAGUAUUUGAAAAACACCUCUCCAAUCAAUAUGGUACCUGGAGAGUCCAUGCAAAGAUAAUUCCUGAUUGGCUUCCUCCUAGAGAACCUUCAUCAUUAACAUUUAAGAAGAUUGUUGAACCAAUUGAAGAAAGUCAGGUUACAGAAGACAAAACAUCUGAAACUAAAGUUAUUGAACAAAAUAAAGAGGGAGAGAAACUUAGUUUGGCUUAAAAUGAAUAAGUAGUUAGAUAUUUUAGAUUUGUAAAACUAAAUGUUUACUAUAAAAAUGUGUUAUUAAAUUUUUUUGCCAA